AAAGCCAGCUGCAUCUGAUGUUCUGAUGUUUGUUUGUACUUUGUGAAAUUUGUAUCUCUCCUAAUCUUGCUUCUAUAAAUUUGUCGUUCGUUACCCGAAACCGUUCCCUGUUUUUUGCUACCACCUUCCAUCUUUUCAACGUCUCUCUCCCGCUAAGGUGUUUGUGGAAAUUUCUCUGCAGUAGAGGCUGCAAAAGCGUCUUUCUUAAUUAUAGUGGCUUUGGUGUAGGAUCAUGGGAAACCUACUGUGUUUGGUUCAAGUAGACCAAUCUACUGUUGCUAUCAAGGAAUCAUUUGGGAAAUUUGAUGAUGUUUUGGAGCCUGGAUGUCAUUGUGUUCCUUGGAUAUUUGGAAAACAACUAGCUGGUCAUCUUUCUCUUAGAGUUCAGCAGUUGGAUGUAAAGUGUGAGACCAAAACAAAGGAUAAUGUUUUUGUGAAUGUUGUGGCUUCGAUACAAUACCGUGCUCUUGCUGAUAAGGCAAGUGAUGCCUUCUAUAAACUCAGCAACACAAAGUCCCAAAUCCAGGCUUAUGUUUUUGAUGUCAUAAGAGCUUUUGUACCAAAGCACAAUUUGGAUGAUACUUUUGAACAAAAGAAUGAAAUUGCCAAGGCUGUUGAGCAAGAACUCGAAAAGGCUAUGUCUGCGUAUGGAUACGAGAUAGUUCAAACAUUGAUUGUUGAUAUAGAACCAGAUGAGCAUGUAAAGAAAGCAAUGAAUGAGAUCAACGCAGCUGCAAGAUUUAGGAUGGCAGCUACUGAAAAAGCAGAAGCGGAGAAAAUUCUUCAAAUCAAGAGAGCCGAGGGGGAGGCGGAGUCAAAAUAUUUGUCGGGAUUGGGUAUAGCCCGUCAACGGCAGGCGAUUGUGGACGGUUUGAGAGACAGUGUGUUAGGGUUCUCGGUGAAUGUUCCAGGAACGACUGCAAAAGAUGUUAUGGACAUGGUUUUAGUGACUCAGUAUUUUGACACAAUGAAGGACAUUGGUGCAUCUUCCAAAUCAUCGGCUGUGUUUAUCCCUCAUGGACCGGGUGCGGUUCGUGAGGUCGCUAAUCAGAUACGUGAUGGACUUCUUCAGGGUUCCGCCACCACCUAAUGAUUUCGAACUUUAUCGUGCAAGUAUAUGUAUAUGGUUUUGUUUCUUGCAUUCGUUUGCCUAUAGUUUAUAUGUUUGUUUUGGUUGAGUCUUCAUGAAAAAAACAAAAUAAAUAUCGGUCAUGGGGUUUGCUUGUUGGGAUGUUCGGGAAUGGGGUUCAUCUUUUUACGAAAAUACGAAAUAAAAAUGCAAGAUUUUUGUGUGUA